AUUACCGAGUAUCGCCCACGUACUUCUGAAUAAAUUCGUGGAAAUAAUAUUGACAUCGGCAGUGUGGGUUACCCCACACAAACGUCCUAUUUUACCCGGAAAAGUGAACGCGCGUUUCGUUGUGCUGAUGGGACAAAAAUAAGUCACGCGUGCACCUCGUGUUUGUGACUCUGAGAGGACGCGUCCAACUGUCAAAGGGAGGCCUCGAGCAUCGAGGGCUCACCGAGAGGCUAGACCCCAAUCACUCCAAUUUAUUUCUCAAACCAUCCGGGGACUCACUGGAUUUACUCCAUCAAAAUGAGCGGACGAUCGCAGAUGACGGCGGUGAACGGCAAGAGGCCAAACACAAUGUCAAUUCGAUAUAACACAGAGUCGUCAGCGCAACAUUUCGACCUGAUAAAAUACAUCUGUGACUCGUGGGAUUCAGUGUCGAGAGAACUGAACAUGAGUCACAAUCAGUCCCAUGGGGAUUCGCGAAAUUAUCGCAACGGGGCUUCGGUGACGUAUUAUCAGGAGAGAGAACCAAAUCCACUUUUGAAAGACUUUGAGCCAUUCAACCUGGAGGCCUGGUGGGGCAGACGAGUAGUUCAAAGUAUAACGAGAAAUGCGAACUCCUAGUGCCAGGCCCCCUACAACGAUCACACCCGUACAUUCACACACAGGUAUAAAAAGCAGAAGAGAUAAAUUGAAUAAACCUAAAAAAAAGAAUUUUGAGAACUAAAUAUCCUUAAAAAUGCAUAAUUACCACCUGAUCGAGUCUGCAAAGCAUCUCCAAAGAUUUGAAAGAACAAAAGUCCAAAUGAUUUCUGGCCAUCAGGCAAAUUACCACGAGACUCGAGUUUUAAAUAAUGAUAAAAAGUUAAUUCAGCUUUCCUUUACAUUCCUACUCGUUCAUUCAGUAAAUAAAUAACAUAACAUCAAUGACUUGUUAUGAACUAUUGAUAGAAAUAUGAUGAGAGGGGAUAUAGUUAAAGGUGCGAUUAAAAAUCGAAUAAAUCUUGAGAAUACUUUCUCGAUCUACUAUUUGUUUUUUAUAUUCUUGGAUUAAGCUUAGGUGUAAAAAUUGCUAGAAGAAGAAAAUCUCAAAAAGUGUAAUAAAUCAGUAGUGAAUUGGUAAGACCUAACAGAACGUUCUUUUUCACGUCAUUAAAUAUUGAAUCACCUGAAAUGUCUCCAGACAUUUUCCCCUCAAUCAAUUCCCUCUCGAUAAAAUAAUGAAAUUAGCAAAAAUGUCAUUCUUUAUUUAUUACGUUUUGACACUCCACUCCCUAAAUAAUAAUCAUAAAUUUUAAUGAAUGUGAGAAGAGUGCUCAUCACACGAAUUAGACGAAAUUUUGCACGAGUUGAUGAUAGAAAUACAAUGAGAAAAACCUAGUAAUAGUCAAAAAAAAUGAUAACACCAUUUUCGUAGUUUAAAAUUGAAGAGAAAAAAUAACAUUUCAACUCUGAUCUAAAAUUAAUUUAACCGACAGACCUAUUUAUACAUAUGUAUUUACGUGAUGUACAUCGAUACGUGUAUAGCUGAUUAAGAAGAUAAUGUCUACACCCAAAUGAAAACAAAUAAAUAACGUAUAAUACCUUUGUACUACA